UGUGUUCACAGAGCGACACCUCUCACAUCGCAUCCUGCCUCAGAGCUUCAGCUUCUCUCCGGGGAUGCAGCAGGUUUCCACCGACUGUGAUCUGAGUCAACUGUGAUUUAGCAGCAGCCUGCUGCUCUCGUGAUUUUUUUUCUCCGUCUUCUUCUCGCUCUUAUUUGAAAACUUCAGAAAGUGGAGAGUAAUUUGCUGCAAACUUUUGCAUCCUUUGCUGAACCGACGUGCUGUGCAUGAUGUUAACACACACACUGAUGGAGGCAGCAGCAGCUCAGCAUUCACGCCAGUAACUCAGGCACAAGCAGCAUAAAAAUGAACAUAUCGACGAGACCUUUACACUGGAGCCUCCUGUGCCUCUGUAUCUCAAGCUUCUGCAUCCAGCCAGUGUCCAGUGGCAACCAAAGCUCUCGAGGACAGGCAGGGUCGUCACAGGAGAGGACAGGGACUUGUGAAGUGGUUGCUGCUCAUCGUUGCUGCAAUAAGAACAAGAUUGAAGAACGCUCUCAAACAGUCAAGUGCUCCUGCUUCCCAGGACAGGUAGCAGGGACAACAAGGGCUCUGCCCUCUUGUGUUGAAGCUUCCAUUGUGCGUCAGAAGUGGUGGUGUAAAAUGGAGCCGUGUCUGGAGGGGGAGGAGUGCCGAGUUCUCCCUGACCUCACUGGCUGGUCAUGCAUCUCUGGGAACAAAGUGAAGACCACAAAGGUUGCACGGUAACAAGACAGAAGCUCCAUCUAAUCAGUGCAAACCCACACCGACCUGCUGCAGUCAACUUAAGUAACACUGGACUCUGAGGGCGCCCUGUCAGAUAGAGCACGGAACAAUAUAGAUUUAAUUAGAUAUCUCCUUGCUCAGCUUAAAAAGGCAAAAACUCAUUAUUUUAAUUUCCUUUGUCUUGAAACAAUUUGGUUUGUGUUAGUCCCAUGGAGUGGACAAUCUAUUAGCAGCUGGCUUAAGAUAAAAUGACGGUGCACCUUUUCCAAUCCAAACAGACAGCUUCUGCAAAAGCCUGUACCAUUGUGUUUGCGUUUGAUAUGCUGGGCAUAUUGUGAUGCACUCAAUCAAAGUUUGGAUGGGCCUGCUGGCAGACACUUAAAAAGAGAUUUUGUGGAUUUUCAGGAGGCAGAAUGUGAAUCCAGUCAGUGGAUUGUGACUCGCACAGCCGAUCAAAGCUGAGGACCACAAAUUCUGAGAAAGUUAUGAUUAUGUAGCAUUUGCAGACAACGCUGCCCCUUGACUUACUCCAGGUUUUAUAAAGGGGUCAGAUCCCUUUGGACUAGUCCUUACCAGGAAGAGGCACUCUCAUAAACAUGGAUGCAUACACAAGCGUAGAGGUUGGACUCCACUGGUUGGACAGGCCACCACCUGCAAGGCUGUGAAGGCUGCACACAAGCAUGAAGCCCUGAUGCAAAACAAGGAGUGUUUGAAAUGCUAAUCAUGGGGAGGAAGGAGAGAGAAAAGAGAAGAGGAGCUUCUUCACUGCUGAGAGUCUUUACAUCAUGCUUUUUUGUUUGUCUCUCUAAACUGAGCGCUCCUGUGGAGGGGACUCUGCUUCUAGUAAUGAUUGGAAACGCUGGUGAUUCUCUGCCUUGAGGCACAUUCGAGCCACUAAACAAAACGGAAUGUUUACCAUCAUUACCACUUCAUCAGUCGUCCUUUUUAUAUUAAUAUCAUUCCUUUUGGACCCACUCCUGAUUGCCUCUCUUUUAACUUUGCAUUUCACCUUUUUUACAAUGAAGAGACAUUCUAUAAUAACGCAAACGCGGCACCUGAGAAUCACUCCAUCCGAGGCGUCAGGCUUGUAUGAAUGCCACACGCUGUGCUAGCUGAAAGCAGCUGAAUUCCAAGCAGUGUGCUCAACGUAACGCAAUUAUGCAUUAUGAUUGUUUUGAUUGUGUCAAGAUUCUCCACCGAGCUGUCAUGCAGUUCAAGUAUUUGUACGUGGAUUUGCGUUGUAAACAUUCAAAUUUUAAUUGUUAUUUAAUGACAGCAGUGCCAUGGAUACAGUGGAUAAGAUAAAAUCAUGUGAUUUUAAGGUGUAUUUUAAACUACAGUAUUCCAUUGUGCUGGAUAUGUUAGAAAACCUUUCUUCUAAAUCAUUAUAGAGAGCAGCUUAUCCAACAACCAAUUCUUAUUGUUCCUUUUCAGGAGCUUUGUAGACAGCAGAGUCUCCAUCAUAUGUGUUAUAUCAAAGCUGAUAUGAACUCAUCAGAAGCUUGUGAUGCAGCUCACAACAGUAUUAUAAAACUAAUCGAACGUCAGUAGGAUAAAGUAGGACGAUGGUGCUUCAACAAUAGAGUUUACGUAAGAACGUGGUUGUAUGUAAUGAAUGUAGCUAUAUAAAGGGAUAGAAUCUUCUUCCAAUAUAAUUCAACAACAGCACAAACUGUUGUAUGAUUCUGGAUUGUGCAGCUUUUGUAAUGUAAUGUUACAGAGUAAAGGUGUUAAUGCAAUACAAAAACAAUGCUGCAAGAACCAGCAGUGAAACUAUGAUCCAGUAUUUAUUUCAGAACAUUUGGACCAGAGGAGUAACUCAACCGACAACUCCACCUUUUAUCUGUUCAAGCAGAAACACUGUCUGGUUGCAGCAUCUCACUGCUGAGGAUUCGCUGCUUUCUUGGUCUUAUGUGAUAGUAAACUCAAUAUCUUCAAGUUUUGAAGUGUCAGUCAGACAAUAUACGCAAUCUGAAGCCAUCACCCCAGGCUUUAGAAAGAAAACGAUCGUCACAGUCGCAGUUUUUUUAAUAAUUUGUCACUCUUGAUGUUUGUUCAGUUUUGACAACUGAAGCUGAGCAGAAUCCUGUUAAUGAUGUAAACAAACUCGGGGACUAAACCAAGCAAAAUGUAGUCUAUUCAUAACCUCUUCAGGCAAGAAGUUUUCUGAAUACUAUCUUGAUAAAGAAGCUUCUCAGUGACUGCUUUAACUUCUCAGGCUUGAACUGAAAAUGAAGUUCACACACAGAGGAGUUACGAUAUAAUAUGUCAUUACGAGUUGAACUCAGGAGCUUGUUGAGCUUUCCUAAAAGUCUAACAGUAAUCUUUUACCCCUAUAUUUGCUCAUUGAGCCAUUCCCCAUCUUGUACUUUUGAAUUCAUAUUAUGCAGAAAUGCAAAGCUCAUUGAAGUUAAAGGUCCAAUGAUUCCCUGGCUUGUUCUUAAGGCUUGAAUAGAACUGGACAAGAAAGCUUUAGAAAGAUCAGGAACUCAUAGAGCUGCGUUUUCUUACCAACUCUACAGAGGCUGAAAAAAACAGAAGAAUCCACAGGGAAUAUAACAGAAUAAGCUGAUGUAUGGCUUCCACAUUAUCUCUAUGUUCACAGUCUCUAUUGUGUUUGCUUUCAGCAAACAUGCUGAGAUUAUUUUUUACUUUCCUGUGCACAGAGUAUGUAUUGUAUUGUCAUGGUUGUAACAUAAAGCUGUGCUAGCUUUACUGUG